GCGGUGUCGCGGGGUGCGGAGGAGCCGGCGCGUGGGGCUGCGCUCGGCGAGCUGCGGGCCCGGUAAACAUGAUCAUCCCGGUCAGGUGCUUCACGUGCGGCAAAAUCGUCGGAAACAAGUGGGAAGCUUAUCUCGGCCUCCUGCAGGCGGAGUAUACGGAAGGAGAUGCCCUGGAUGCCCUUGGUUUGAAGAGAUACUGCUGCCGCAGGAUGCUCCUAGCCCACGUGGAUCUGAUUGAGAAGCUUCUGAAUUAUGCACCUCUGGAGAAAUGAGAGUCUACCACCCCAGCCACCAAGUUCUUUCAAGGAAAUAAAUGAAGGAUGAAGUCCACUUCAGAAUUAGAGAUUAAAAAUGUAAACCCUUCUCUUUUAA